AAAGUAACAAACCUCUAGCGGUCUAUACGAGUCCAUAGCGGAAAUUGCGUAGGACUGGGACUGUGUCUGCCUUUACUGAAUUACCGAGUUUAGAAUAUACAAGAGAAAGGCCCUUGGAUCUUCUUUGCGUUUUAGAAAAGUUACAUGUGUGAUAAUGCCCUAAUGUCUGCACCAAGACAAAACCUAUACCACCCACAGUUCUAAGUCGUAAGCACACAAAGGACCCAUGUGGAAGACAAACCCACCCAGUUCAAAUUAUAAUAUAAUUAAACUAAUUCUAGGACCCACGACCGACACUCCAUUUCAAUUCCACCCUUUGGAGAAAAACAUUUUUUUUUUGUAUACUGCCAAAUUCCUUAAAUUUUCCCUCUCUUUUAUUUAAGUUUUUAACUUUUUCACGGCUAUAACACUUCCUCCUCUGUACCGCACCUAAAUGUGUGCCAUCCCUAAUCAUUUCUGACCUGUUCCCCAUCCCCUUUAAAGUCUCUCUCUCAUUCUCUCUCUCCCUUUACCGCAACUAAUAGAGUGAGCAUUAAGUUAAGCACACUAUCGCGAAGAGGCGCAAAGAGUGUUAAUUAAGUGGAGCGAAAAUGCCGUUCGAGUUGGCGGGAGGAGCCGCUGUCGGUGCCCUGUUCCUAUGCGUUGUUAUUUCUCUUUUUCACAUUACUUGGGCUGAAGACCCCUACAGGUUCUUCAACUGGAAUGUUACUUAUGGGGACAUUUACCCGCUUGGGGUUCGCCAAAGGGGGAUAUUAAUUAACGGGCAAUUCCCAGGUCCAGACAUUCAUUCUGUUACCAACGACAAUCUCAUCAUCAACGUUUUCAACAGCUUGGAUGAGCCCUUUCUCCUCUCCUGGAACGGGAUCCAGCAGAGAAGGAACUCAUUCGAAGAUGGUGUUUUAGGAACAACCUGCCCCAUCCCACCGGGGAAGAACUUCACUUAUAUGCUUCAAGUGAAGGAUCAGAUUGGGAGCUUUUACUACUUCCCAUCACUUGCAUUCCACAAAGCCGCUGGUGGUUUUGGAGGCAUUAGGAUCCUUAGCAGGCCACGAAUUCCAGUUCCCUUCCCUGAUCCCGCUGGUGAUUACACUGUUCUUAUUGGAGAUUGGUACAAAUCCAACCACACGACAUUGAAAGCCCAUCUUGACAGGGGCAAGAAGCUGCCUUUUCCGGAUGGAGUGCUAAUCAAUGGUCGCGGUCCUAAUGGAGUAUCUUUCAACGUUGAACAAGGGAAGACUUACAGGCUUAGAAUAUCAAAUGUGGGGCUGCAACAUUCCCUUAACUUUCGCAUCCAGAACCACAAAAUGAAGUUGGUAGAAGUGGAAGGAACACACACCCUUCAAACUACGUACUCCUCUAUUGAUGUUCAUGUAGGCCAAUCUUAUUCAGUGCUGGUAAUUGCCGAUCAACCUGCUCAGGACUAUUACAUUGUGGUUUCCACACGAUUCUCCUAUAAAAUCCUAACUACCACCGGAGUACUUCGCUAUAGCAACUCAGCAGGCCCAGUAUCAGGCCCGCCCCCUGGUGGACCCACGACCCAAAUUGAUUGGUCUUUGAAUCAGGCCCGCUCAAUUAGGACUAACCUUACAGCAAGUGGACCGAGGCCAAACCCGCAAGGAUCUUACCAUUACGGUCUCAUAAACACGACGAAGACCAUCAUAUUGGGCAGUUCAGCUGGUCAAGUAAAUGGCAAGCAAAGAUACGCAAUAAACAGCGUUUCUUAUGUUGCCCCGGACACGCCUCUUAAGCUUGCCGAUUACUUCAAAAUCUCAGGUGUUUUCCGCGCUGGAAGCAUAUCUGACAGACCCACUGGUGGUGGCAUUUACCUCGAUACUUCUGUGUUGCAAGCAGACUACAGAUCUUUCGUCGAGAUUGUCUUCCAAAACAACGAGAACAUCGUUCAAAGCUAUCAUCUUGAUGGCUACUCUUUCUUUGUUGUUGGUAUGGAUGGAGGACAAUGGACAACUGCUAGCAGAAACCAGUACAAUCUCCGAGAUGCAGUUGCACGAUGCACCACGCAGGUUUAUCCCUAUUCAUGGACUGCUAUUUAUGUUGCCCUUGACAAUGUGGGAAUGUGGAACUUGAGGUCUGAGUUUUGGGCACGACAAUACCUUGGCCAACAGUUUUAUUUGCGGGUUUACACAACAUCAACCUCAAUCAGAGACGAGUUUCCUGUUCCAAAGAAUGCAAUUCUAUGUGGUAGGGCAAGUGGGAGACACACGCGACCCCUUUGAGCUUGCAAGGGUUUAAAGAAUCCACGCUUGAGAAGGCAUUCUAGCUUUAGAAUAUAAAAAGUAGUUAAGUUAUCUACUUCUAAUUUUGUUGUUGAGUGCUUUCGUUUAUUUAUGCUAUGCUUCCGUGGGAUGAUGAACUUGUAUGAUUUUAUCGUUAAAUGACCCCAGCUCGAGGUCACAUUCUUUCCGAGAGAACAUAUUAUAUUGUAUUUUCUAUAAUUUUACUGGUAUGGUUAUAAAGGUGAUGUUAUUCUUUAUUCUACGGCCUUAGAC